AUGAAACAACCCGUCUUAAAUAGAGGAUCAAAACCUGAAAAAAACCCGACUUCUUACAAUAAUGAUGGUUUUGGAAGAGACACUUACAUUUCAUACAAUAAUGGUGGCAACUUUGGAACAGAAUUCAGAUUUCUUGCUGUCCAUCAAAAUAGAACAGGAAUGAAUAUGAUGCCAACCCCUGCCUCUAGAGCUUAUGAAGUACCUUAACGUUUAUUCUAUUAAUGUGAUGGAACUGGUAGGGAUACCUAUGUGUUAUUAAAUGUGUAGGAGAAGUACUCUCCUAUGCAAAAUUACAAGAGCAUGCUUCGAAGUUCUGAUCAAUUCUUCUCAAGUCCCAAAUACAGAUAUGAAUUGCCACCAAUUGCUAGAGAAAAGUUCAAAAGAACUUAAUAAUCUUAGAGAAGUCUCAUCGGUCGGUUAUCCUAACCAAAAAUAAAACAAAGUUGUUGA